GCCGCGCCCGGAGCCCGCCCUGCGGCCAGGUACCCGGGCUGCUUGUCCUGCGGGAGACGCGGGGCUCGGAGCCCGCCUGAGCGAGCCCUCCGGGAGAUGGCGGCCCCCUACCCCAGCGGUGGCGGCGGGAGCGAGGGCAAAUGCGGGGGCGGCCGCGGCGCCGGCGUCCCGUGGGACUUUCUGCCCGGGCUGAUGGUCAAGGCCCCGCCGGGCCCCUGCCUGCAGGCGCAGCGCAAGGAGAAGUCGCGGAACGCGGCGCGCUCGCGGCGCGGGAAGGAGAACCUGGAGUUCUUCGAGCUGGCCAAGCUGCUCCCGCUGCCCGGCGCCAUCUCCAGCCAGCUGGACAAGGCGUCCAUCGUGCGCCUCAGCGUCACCUACCUCCGCCUGCGCCGCUUCGCCGCGCUGGGGGCGCCGCCCUGGGGGCUCAGGGCCGCCGCGCCGCCGGCCGGGCUCGCCCCUGGCCGCCGGGGCGCCGCGGCGCUGGUGUCGGAAGUCUUCGAGCAACACCUGGGAGGACACAUCUUGCAGUCCCUGGAUGGCUUCGUGUUCGCCUUGAACCAGGAAGGAAAAUUCCUCUACAUCUCAGAGACCGUCUCCAUUUACCUGGGUCUCUCACAGGUGGAGCUGACGGGCAGCAGCGUCUUCGACUACAUCCACCCCGGGGACCACUCGGAGGUGCUGGAGCAGCUGGGGCUGCGGGCCCCCGCCCCGGGCCCCCCAACGCCGCCCUCCGUCUCCUCCUCGUCCUCGUCCUCCUCCUCGCUUGCGGACACUCCCGAGAUCGAGGCCAGCCCCACCAAGGCGCCCCCCUCCCCCCUGGCCCAGGAGCGAUCUUUCUUCGUGCGCAUGAAAUCCACCCUCACCAAGCGGGGGCUGCACGUCAAGGCCUCGGGGUACAAGGUCAUCCACGUGACUGGGCGCCUUCGGGCCCACGCACUGGGCCUUGUGGCCCUAGGCCACACGUUGCCCCCAGCCCCACUGGCUGAGCUGCCACUGCACGGACACAUGAUCGUCUUCCGGCUCAGCCUGGGCCUCACCAUCCUUGCUUGUGAGAGCAGGGUCAGCGACCACAUGGACCUGGGGCCCUCAGAGCUGGUGGGCCGCAGCUGCUACCAGUUUGUCCACGGACAGGACGCAACCAGGAUCCGCCAAAGCCACCUGGACUUGCUGGACAAGGGUCAGGUGAUGACUGGUUACUACCGCUGGCUCCAGCGCGCCGGGGGCUUUGUGUGGUUGCAGUCGGUGGCCACCGUGGCUGGGAGCGGGAAGAGCCCCGGGGAGCACCACGUGCUCUGGGUCAGCCACGUGCUCAGUCAAGCCGAGGGUGGCCAAACGCCUCUGGACGCCUUCCAGCUCCCAGCCGGCGUGGCCCGAGAGGACGAGCGCAGCCCGGCGCCCGAGCCCACAAAGCCGGAGCCUCCAGCGGAAGGGAAGCAGGCUGCGCCCCCGGCCAAAACCCAGGCCCCCCAGACCCGGGGCAGACGCACCAAAGUGGAGCCCGGCGCCAGGGAAACGAAAGGCUCAGAGGACAGUGGCGACGAGGAGCCGUCCAGCCACGCGGCGCCCCCGCGGCCCGAGUUCACUUCUGUCAUCCGGGCGGGGUCCCUGAAGCAGGACGCCGCGCGGCCGUGGGGCCUGGUGCCUCCCAGGGACCCGCCUCCCGCCCUCCUGCACGCGGGCUUCCUGCCGCCCGUGGUGCGGGGCCUGUGCACGCCGGGCGCCAUCCGCUACGGGCCCGCCGAGCUGGGCCUGGUGUACCCGCACCUGCCGCGGCUGGGCGCGGGCGCCGGCCUCCCCGAGGCCCUGUACCCCGGCCUGGGCCUGCCCUUCGCCGGGCCCGCGGGCGCCAGGGCGCAGCGCAAGGGGGACUGAGGACUGGGACCGCCGGGCCCCGCGGGGCGGCGCAGGGGCGCUCGCCCGUCCCCUCCGUGACCAUUAAACGCCUGCUC